GGAAAAGAGACAGCACUAGCGAGAUAAGAUCUAAAAGGGGUGUGGCGAUAGGAUCAAAUGCCAUGUGGCCUGUGCAAUAGGAGAUAUCAUCACAAUGGAAAUUAUUGACAAGAAUGUGGCUAUGCUCUCAAACUUUGAGGUGCACGACCUCCUGGCAAGCUUACAGACAAAUACAAAGGGAAAGAAACCAAACGGUCGAGCACAAAACCUUGCCACAAUCACAUACGAAACCAACGAGUAUCUGUCCAAGACUCCGUGUGCACUACAGGAUGCAAAGAUCAUCAAAGACUUCCUAAACGACCUAAAAUUAGUCAAGUUAACAAAAGCUGAGAAACUGCAGCUGUUGAAUCUGAGACCAGUCACACAAGUGGAGUUGCAGCUGUUAGUUGAAGAGAUGGAGGAGCGUCUGAGUGAAGAGGAGACGACUGCUCUACUGGAGAGAGUGGCCGCUCUGCCCUGUCCACAACCUGAGCAACCCGAGCCACCAGUAGAGAGUGAUACCAUGGACACCAACUCUUGACAAUCAUUGUGUUUUGUUAAUAUUAAUAUUCUUUCCAAUGUAAAAUUCACAUAAAAAAGUCACAAAAUAAAUACAUGUAGUACUGUUAUUAUAUUCUACGGCUAUAACAG